CAAAGAGACGAACGAAGACAAAGAAGAAGAAGAAGAGAAGGAAUCAUUCAAUCACAGAAGAUAACUAUAAAACAAAAUUCUUCUUCUUCUUCAUAUUAUUACUAUAUAGAAAUAAGGAAACUUCAAUCUAAGCUUCGUCCAAUGUUCUUCUUUUAGAUCUUAACAGAAACCAAACAAACAUUUUUACAGAAAAAAGAUCGUAAAAAGACCAAAAUGGCGUCAAAAUCGAAGCAACAUCUUCGUUAUCAGCCGCGAAAGACUCCGUCACGAUCGAUUCAAGCGUUCACAGUGCUGAUACUUCUGCUUGUAGUGAUUCUGAUUCUUCUUGGUUUAGGGAUUUUGUCACUUCCUAAUGCUAAUAGAAACUCAUCCAAGACGAAUGAUUUGACCAACAUUGUACACAAGAGUGAGACGAGUUAUGGAGAUGAGGAAGGGAAUGGUGAACGUUGGGUUGAAGUGAUUUCUUGGGAGCCUCGAGCUGUUGUAUAUCACAAUUUCUUGACCAAUGAAGAAUGUGAGCACUUGAUCAGCCUUGCGAAACCGAGCAUGGUUAAGUCAACUGUGGUUGAUGAGAAAACUGGUGGGAGCAAAGAUAGCAGAGUAAGAACUAGCUCAGGAACUUUCCUUAGAAGAGGACAUGACGAAGUUGUCGAGGUGAUUGAGAAAAGGAUUUCAGAUUUCACCUUCAUUCCUGUUGAAAAUGGAGAAGGUCUUCAAGUUCUUCACUACCAAGUUGGGCAGAAGUAUGAGCCUCACUAUGACUAUUUCUUAGAUGAGUUCAACACCAAGAACGGAGGACAACGUAUAGCUACUGUGCUUAUGUACCUCUCGGAUGUCGAUGAUGGUGGCGAGACUGUGUUCCCUGCAGCAAAAGGAAACAUUAGUGCAGUCCCAUGGUGGAACGAGCUCUCAAAAUGUGGCAAAGAAGGACUAUCUGUUCUACCAAAGAAGCGAGAUGCUUUACUUUUCUGGAACAUGAGGCCUGAUGCCUCUCUAGACCCUUCAAGUUUGCACGGUGGAUGUCCAGUGGUGAAAGGAAACAAAUGGUCAUCCACGAAAUGGUUCCACGUCCACGAGUUCAAGGUUUGAGAGAAACAAAAACACGAAAAGCUAAAAAUUUGAGGAGGUUUUCACGGAAACUUCAAAUAUGUGUGGAUACAGUUAAACAGGUGUAAUGUGUAUUCCCCUUUUGAAAUGAGAGAUCUUUUGGACAUUGGAGGCUGUUCUUUCAUGGGGGACAUUUGAACCUUUUCCUUUGAACUAUUUGGAUUAUUUUUACUGUAAGGACAUGUUCGGAUCUGAGUUUUGUAACUUCAACAACUCAAUACAACCAUACAUUUUCCGUUUACAUGCACAAUUAUAUUUUUCUU